AGGCUGGUGGUAAAGCUGGUAAAGACUCUGGCAAGGCCAAGGCGGCCUCUGUUUCCCGUUCUGCUAAAGCUGGUUUACAGUUUCCAGUUGGUCGUAUCGUAUCAUCGUAUUAUGAAGAACCGAACAACCAGUCAUGGACGUGUGGGUGGAACUGCUGCAGUGUACACAGCAGCCAUUUUGGAAUAUCUUACUGCUGAGGUGCUUGAGUUGGCAGGGAAUGCUUCUAAAGAUCUCAAAGUGAAACGUAUAACACCACGUCACUUGCAACUUGCCAUCCGAGGUGAUGAAGAAUUGGAUGCCCUCAUUAAGGCCACAAUUGCUGGUGGUGGUGUUAUUCCUCACAUUCACAAGUCUCUGAUUGGAAAGAAAGAACAACAAAAAGCCGUAUAA